AUGAAUUGUAAUUAGGAACCCUAAUCAAUCAAAAUUGUUGUAGUUGGAGAUAGCAGUGUUGGGAAGACAUCAAUUCUAUUGACAUACACAUAGGAUAAAUUUCCUAUUGAUUAUGUGCCUACUGUAUUUGAAAAUUACUCAAAUGUAAUUAGUGUUGAUAAUACUCAAGUACAAUUAACUUUGUGGGAUACAGCAGGUCAAGAGUCAUAUGAAAGAUUACGUUUAUUGAGCUAUUAGUCAGCUAAUGCAUUUCUGAUUGUGUUUUCUGUGGACAACAUGGAUAGUUUCAAUAAUGUUUGGAGCAAAUGGAAACCAGAAUUAGAAAUGGCUGGCAAAAAGGAUCUGCCUAAAUUAAUUGUGGGCAAUAAAUCAGAUAAACUGAAAGAUCCUGAUAAAUUCUAAAUGUUUUGGGAAAGAUGCGAAUAAGAGGGAUUAAAAUAUAGAUAGUGCAGUGCAUUCUUGAAUAAUAACAUUAAAAAUAUAUUUGAAGAAUUGGUUAGUAUGACUAUCAGUGAACGAUAACCUUCGACUAUUUUACGAUCUACUAUGAGAAAAGAGAGUAUAAAACAAUUGAAAUCAGGAUGUCAAUUACUAUGA